GCCGGCGCUGCUGCCCACGGGCGCUGAGGGGGCGGGCGGGGAGCAGCAGCGGCGGCGGCCAUGGGCGAGACCGAGAGGCUUUAUUAUGUGUACAGCUGCGACCUGGACAUCAACGUGCAGCUGAAGAUAGGAAGUCUGGAAGGGAAAAGAGAACAGAAAAGCUACAAAGCUCUCUUAGAAGAUCCGAUGCUGAAGUUCUCGGGACUGUACCAAGAGACUUGCUCUGACUUGUAUGUAACCUGUCAGGUGUUUGCAGAGGGGAAGCCGCUUGCUCUUCCAGUUAGAACUUCCUACAAGGCUUUUAGCACUAGAUGGAACUGGAAUGAAUGGCUGAAACUGCCUGUGAAGUAUCCAGACUUGCCUCGGAAUGCUCAGGUGGCUCUGACCAUCUGGGAUGUAUAUGGACCUGGUAAAGCCGUUCCUGUGGGAGGAACAACGGUCUCACUCUUUGGAAAAUAUGGUAUGUUUCGACAAGGAAUGCAUGACUUGAAAGUCUGGCCCAAUGUAGAAGCUGAUGGCUCCGAGCCCACCAAAACUCCAGGGAGAACCAGCAGUACAGUCUCUGAAGAUCAAAUGAGCCGCUUGGCAAAGCUCACCAAGUCUCAUCGGCAAGGUCACAUGGUGAAGGUGGAUUGGCUGGACAGACUCACCUUUAGAGAAAUAGAAAUGAUCAAUGAGAGGGAGAAACGAAGCUCCAAUUUUAUGUACCUGAUGAUUGAAUUCCGUUGCGUCAAGUGCGAUGAUAAAGAAUAUGGAAUAGUUUACUACGAAAAGGAUGGUGAUGAGUCAUCUCCAAUUUUAACAAGUCCUGAAAUUGUUAAGAUUCCUGAUCCCCAGAUGUCUAUGGAGAACUUAGUAGAAAGCAAACAUCACAAACUUGCUCGAAGUUUAAGAAGUGGACCUUCUGAUCAUGACCUGAAGCCUAAUGCAACUACACGAGACCAGCUUAAUAUCAUAGUGAGUUAUCCACCAACCAAGCAACUAACGUAUGAGGAACAGGAUUUGGUGUGGAAGUUCAGAUAUUACCUUACUCAUCAGGAGAAGGCCUUGACAAAAUUCCUGAAGUGUGUCAACUGGGAUCUACCUCAAGAGGCAAAGCAAGCCCUGGAGCUGCUGGGCAAGUGGAAGCCCAUGGAUGUGGAAGAUUCUCUGGAGCUUCUGUCAUCUCACUUCACCAACCCAACGGUGCGGCGCUACGCUGUCGCCAGGCUUCAGCAGGCUGAUGAUGAGGAUUUGCUGAUGUACCUGCUGCAGUUAGUCCAAGCAUUGAAAUACGAAAACUUCGAUGGCAUAAAGAAUGGCCUGGAGCCUAGCAAGAGGGACAGUCAAGGUUCCAUGUCAGAAGCUAUGACAACAUCUGGAUCUAAUGCUUCAGAAAUUGACAGUUCCCAGAUUAUGAGUCCUAUUCCACCUGUUUCCUCUCCACCUCUUACUUCUAAGACAAAAGAGCUUGCAGAAAAUGAAAACCUUGAUCAAGACCUUUGCACUUUCUUGAUAUCACGGGCAUGCAAAAAUUCCACGUUGGCAAACUACUUGUACUGGUAUGUAAUAGUGGAGUGUGAAGACCAAGAUACGCAGCAGAGGGACCCAAAGACUCAUGAAAUGUACUUGAACGUGAUGAGAAGAUUCAGUCAGGCUUUGCUGAAGGGUGAUAAGUGUGUCAGAGUUAUGCGCUCGCUUCUGGCAGCCCAGCAGACGUUUGUAGAUCGGCUGGUUCAUGUAAUGAAGGCAGUGCAGCGUGAAAGUGGGAAUCGUAAGAAGAAGAAUGAGAGGCUUCAGGCAUUGUUAGCUGAUAAUGAAAAGAUGAAUUUAGCAGACAUGGAACUUAUUCCACUUCCUCUGGAGCCUCAGGUGAAGAUUAAAGGAAUAAUCCCUGAAAAAGCCACACUCUUCAAGAGUGCCUUAAUGCCUGCUCAGUUAUUCUUCAAGACAGAAGAUGGAGGCAAAUAUCCUGUGAUUUUUAAGCAUGGCGAUGAUUUACGUCAAGAUCAACUUAUUCUUCAGAUUAUUUCACUCAUGGAUAAGCUGUUAAGAAAAGAGAAUCUGGAUUUGAAGUUGACACCCUAUAAAGUGCUGGCAACUAGUACAAAACAUGGCUUCAUGCAGUUUAUUCCAUCAGUACCAGUUGCAGAAGUUCUUGCUACUGAGGAAACUAUACAGAACUUCUUCAGAAAACAUGCCCCUAGUGAGACUGGCCCUUAUGGAAUCAGCGCAGAGGUGAUGGACACGUAUGUUAAGAGCUGUGCUGGUUAUUGUGUGAUUACUUACAUCCUUGGAGUUGGAGAUAGACAUCUGGAUAAUCUGUUGCUAACAAAAACAGGUAAACUGUUUCACAUUGACUUUGGUUAUAUUUUGGGCCGGGACCCCAAGCCCCUUCCUCCCCCGAUGAAGCUGAACAAGGAGAUGGUGGAAGGCAUGGGAGGCACCCAGAGUGAGCAGUACCAGGAGUUCCGCAAGCAGUGCUACACAGCCUUUCUCCACCUCCGCAGGUAUUCCAACUUGAUCUUGAAUUUAUUUUCCCUCAUGGUGGAUGCCAACAUUCCAGAUAUUGCUCUUGAACCUGACAAGACUGUAAAAAAGGUGCAGGACAAGUUUCGUCUGGACCUGUCUGAUGAAGAAGCUGUCCAUUACAUGCAGAGUCUAAUUGAUGAGAGUGUCCAUGCCCUCUUUGCAGCUGUCGUGGAGCAGAUACACAAGUUUGCACAGUAUUGGAGAAAAUAAGCUUUUUGCCUGCUCAUGGUGGAAACAAGCAAAUUCACAAAACAGAGACUUUUCUCAAGCCCUUGUGGACUUAACCAAACAGUUUUGGAAGGCAAAAGCUGCAGAUUUAAUAGUGUGAAGAACUGAGAACUCAGAAGGUAGAGAAGCUUUUUGAAUCUCUGUUCAUUAAAGGUUUAAAACCAACCAUUUUUUUAAAGGAAUAUCAUUGUUUGUAUACCAUCCUUGGGAGCCUCAAAGGUUGAAGUCAGCAACUUCCUCUCAAGCCAAAGAUAACUGGAAGAGGUUGGAUUUAAUGGUGAAUUCUUGUACAUGUUAAUAUAUUUUCUUAUUUAAAACCAGAAGUAGAUACAAAGCUAAAGCAGGGACGCUACAGUUUCUUGGUGCAGAAAAACCCCUCACAAAACUAUGUUAAUCCUCUCCUGUCCCUCCCCACCCACUCUGUUCCCUGAAUAAGUUUUAAAUGUAAUUCAUAGGAUCCUUUAUUUCCUGCCUUUGGCAAUGUUAUCAUUUAGAAUGGACAGUCAUUUUUUGCCUGCUUACAAAGUGUUUUUAACUACUGAUAAGUUACCCCAGCUGUAGGCAGCCAAUUAAAUGAUUGCUAACAUGCUCAGCGAUGGGAAUGCACAGUGAGCAGUUCAGUAUUUCACGCUUGAACUCUAAAUGUUUUCUGUACAGUGAUUAUAUAUUCUUCACUCUAAUAAAAACCUUUGUUGUUGCAGU